GCCAUCAUACCACAUGAGCGAAGGGAUGGAAACGGCUUCAGUGACAUCGCUGCUGGCAGUGGACGCGUCGAUGCUAGUGGACAUCAAGAAGGAAUUGGAAGAGAUUCACAUCAUGAUGGAUGCGUCCCCGCUGCAUGUAGUUCGUCCUGGAAGUCCUCCGUCGGCACCGACGCCGGUAAAGUCCCCGUCCAACAACGUAUCCAUUCGCAAGCGGUUCAAGACAGCGGUCCGUCAGCUCGUUUUCAUGGAAAAGGCUAAAGACAAGAUGCAAGAAGCAUACGAGAACGAAAGCAUGUGCCGGUUGCGAAAUAUGCCGUCCCUUUCGCUUCUUUGUGCAGUGCCGUUGUUUCAGUCGUUGGACAGCACUGCCCUGAUGGACUUGAACGCACAUGUUCAAGUCACAUCGCAUGCUGCCAACAGCACGAUCUUUGCUAAGGGGUUGGAGUCUUCAGUCUACAUUAUUAGAUGCGGCACGGCAUGGGUGAAAGCUCCAGGGAAGGAGAGGUCUUGCGGCGAGUUCCAUCACGAUGAUGUCAUGUGCGACAGCGGAGACAUCAUCGAUCCCGUCGAGUUUCUCAGCAAAAACGAUCAAUACAAGUGCGUCGCUGUCGGACCAGUCGAAGCAUUGGCCAUCCCUCGCGAGGUGGUGCUCAAGUACAACGACAAGCUUCCAACGUUGUCGACUUCGCUGCACAGCGUUCGCUACACGAACAAGGCCAGCGAGAGUUUUCGAAAGUGGGCGAGUCACACGGCUGGCUUAUUGCGCCACGAGGCCCGCGACAUUUCGAUGAACGAACCGACGAUCCCAACCAGCCCGAGCGUCGUGUCGCCGCAGUCGUUCAUUCGCGAAAUUUUGCUCUCGAUAUCACCUGAACUUGACCUUGACCACUGCAUUCAAUGCAUGGCGCGGCUCUUCGCUCGAGUCUUGCAUGCCAGCACCAUUCGUCUCUUCCUGCUAAGUCCACGAGGCACGCACUUCAUCACCAAGUUUGCGACAGACACGGGCCCAGGGGUCCAAGUGCCAACUUCCCUGGGAAUCCCAGGUUUGGUUUAUCGCCAUCAGCUGCCGGUGCAAGUGACCGUCGCGACCGCCGACGUCACCACGAUGCCCCAAGUUGACUGGGUGGCUUACAGAAAACAUAAAUCCAUCUUGGCUGUGCCAGUCUUCCAGGCCAAGACGACCGACGUCGUCCUGGCCGUGUGGGAAGUCAUCAGCGACUCGAUCAAGUACUCAAGUCAUGAGAAGAACUUGCUCGAGCUCGCAGCGACUUUCAUGCAGCCAUACUUGUCGCAGUGCGACCGGCCUACUCACCGCUUGGGGUCCGUCUCGCAAGUGGAGACGCCGUCGCGAUUGCGGACGCGCAUUCUACGGCUCGCGACAAAGGCAUCAAGCAUUCAGCUCACUGUCGGACUGUACCACGGCCACGAGCUGCUUGUGCCAGAGGUGAUGCUCGAGUCGACGAGAGGCACGGCACUGAGUGGCACGGGCGUGAAAGAGUUUGAAUUCGACGGCGACAUCUCGUUUCAGUGCUCCGUGCAAAGCCUGCCCCGUGCUGUGCACGUGCUGUGGCGUGUCCAGACGGUGGCGAAGCAAUCCAAGCUGUUGGCCCAUGCUGCGUUGCUGCUCUUCUCGUACGACCAUUUUCUCCGCACGGGCACGGUGUCGCUGAGGUUGACCCACGCGUCCGACGGCGAGUUGCUCCCGAUUGGGUUUGAAGAAUGCAUACUUCCGUCGACGCAUCGACAAGACAAUUACAUCGUGGUCGAUUUUCCCAAGUACCAGUACCCGCUGACGUACCGCAGCAACGAUAUCGCGGCCAACGCGUCGUUGGUGGCGCCAUCCCCGAGUCUGACCGACAGCGCAGCACCAUCCCCCGUUUUGGUCGCGUUCAUGAAGGACCCCAUGCGGCCACUGACGAAAGAGCACAAGGAAUACUUGUGGACUAGUAGACAUACCUUGACAGCUAUCCCCGCCGCGCUCAUGCCGUUCUUGCUCUCGGUGGACUGGGCCAACCGCGUCCACGUUACGGAAGCGUACACGUACAUGUAUCGAUGGUCCGCGCCGACAUAUCUCCAGGCGCUCCAGUUGCUCAGUCGCAAGUUUCCGGACCCGUUUGUUCGGGCCUACGCCGUGCGAUGCUUGGAUUCGUUACCAGACUACCGCUUGCGCCUGUACCUGCUGCAACUUGUACAGGCGCUCAAGUACGAGCCGCACCACGACUCGGCGCUCAUGCGAUUCCUCUUUGUCCGCGCGGUCAAGUCUCCCAGCGAGGUCGGGUACGCACUCUUUUGGCUCCUCCAAGCCGAACUGCAUCUUCCCAAUGUCCACGAACGAUUUCAACUGCUCAGCACGCAGUACCUGUGUCAUUGCAGCACCUACCGGUUGGAGCUGUACCAGUCUGCAUACAUGAUGCGACUCUUGGAGGGCAUUGCGACCCAAGUGAAACAGCAGCAGUCCAAGGCAGCGUGUGAUGCGACGCUGCGCCAGCAACUCGGCGCGGCCACCGUGCCAGAAUGCUUUCAGCUACCGCUGCAUCCGAACGUGUUUUACACAUCAUUUGUACCAGACCAGUGCCGUGUGAUGGACUCGGCCAAGAAGCCGCUCUUCUUGUGCCUCACUCCCAUGAAGCAACAGGCGCCGUCAUCGUCGAUGCUCCACAGCACCAUCUUCAAGUGCGGCGACGAUCUCCGCCAAGACCAACUCACACUCCAGCUCCUUCGCGUCAUGGACGAUUUGUGGAAGUCGGCAGCGCUCGACUUAAAAGUGUUGCCAUACGCGUGUGUGUCGACAGGCCACAACAUCGGGUUCAUCCAAGUCGUGCAUCAGGCGUCGACGCUUGCGAGUAUUUGCUGGGAGCGCCAUCGCCAUCAAAAGAGCCGACGAAUGCGAAAGGCGGCCGCGGUCAAAACGGCCAUGUGGGGCAAAAAUGUUUUGGCCGAGUGGCUUGCUGAAAAGACCACCGACUCGAACGAGGACGUGACCGCCAUGUUUGUCUUGUCUUGCGCUGGGUACUGCGUUGCCACGUACGUCCUCGGAAUCGGUGAUCGACACAACGACAACUUGAUGCUGACCGAAUCGGGCCGCUUCCUCCACAUCGAUUUCGGUCACUUUCUCGGCCACUUCAAGACGUGCUUGGGUUACAAACGAGAGCGCGCGCCGUUCGUUCUCACUCCCGCCAUGGUCCAUGCCAUGGGUGACCAGUUCGACAUGUUCCGAGCCAAGUGCGUCCUGGCAUUUGCCGUCCUACGCGCGAAUGCGUCGCUCCUGAUCACCCUGCUCGAGCUUGCACUCAGCUCCGGCAUCCCGGAACUCACUCCAGACACGAUUCCAUGGCUCUCGACGUCCCUCAUGCUCGAUCUCACCGACGACGAAGCAACGGCGAAACUUGAAGCACUCAUCGACCAAGCCUUAUGCACCGUCACCACGCGGAUCAACCAUGCCACCCAUAUCCUAGCGCACUAGUUUUCAUACGCACGAAUUCGAUCCUUGUGCUCCUUCCAUGACUCUAUCGUGCGGCAAGCAGACACAUCAGUGCCGGUGCGACGAGUGCCCGGCGACCGCUGGCGCAAUGUAUCUUUACAUGUCAUCGAUGUCGAUCGCGUUGGAAUCAAUGGGAGCCGUCGACGGGGCUGCACGGUCCCCUCGCGCCUCAUCAGCGUCGACUUCAUCGAGGUCGAUUUCGUUCGGGUCCACUGGGAUGUCCGUGGCCACGUGCUGGACGACGUACGGCGUCGUGACGACAUGAGGAAGCUUGAGAAAGUUGAGCAGCGCGUCCGUUUGGGGAUUGCCUCCGUUCGUGUGAAUCGUCUGCACAAAUGGAUGCACCCAUCCGGGAAAUUCUCCAGGCAGGCGGGCUUCGAUCCACGAAAUGUCAUCCUGCGUGACCUCCAUGUCUUCUUCGGGCACGCGCGAUCUCAAGCGAUCUGCCGAUGCAAGAUG